AGCGUGAGGGAAUCUUGGCGCGGCGGUUGUUUUCCCCUUUUGCGGAGCGCUUCGGUGCGGCACUGACGAGCCCGGCUGCUCCCUCCUCCCGGGACCAUGGCGCUGCCCUGUAGUUGACGUUUGUUUCUCCUCCCCCUCACUUUCUUCUGCUCCUUUUCCUCCCUCUCGCUCCCCUCCGCCGCGUCCCGGCUCGGACGAGCGGUCGCUCCCGGACCCCCUGUCCUCUCCGUCUCCCCCCAUAGGAACAGGCUGUAAGGGACGCGCGGGCGGCUUGGUGCCGCACCAUGAACAUCAUCAUCGGCAUCGGCGGGGUCACCAAUGGAGGCAAGACCACGCUGACCCACAAGCUCAUGCAGGCCCUGCCCAACUGCAGCGUGGUGCAUCAGGAUGACUUCUUCAAGCCCCAGGACGACAUAGAAGUUGAGGAUGGAUUUAAACAGUAUGAUGUUAUUAGUGCCUUGGAUAUGGAAGCUAUGAUGAGUACCAUCAAUGCUUGGAUGAAAAACCCAAUUAAGUUUGAACGCUCACAUGGCAUCAAUAACACCUUGGAUGCCAAAAUAUUACAGUAUUCAGAAGAGAGAGAUGAAACAAUCCAUAUUCUUAUUGUAGAAGGCUUUCUUCUUUACACUUACAGACCAUUGAUUGAGAUAUUCCACCAUCGGUGCUUUCUUUCCAUUCCAUAUGAAGAAUGCAAGAGGAGGAGGAGUUCAAGGAACUACACAGUACCAGAUCCUCCUGGAUUGUUUGAUGGCCAUGUCUGGCCCAUGUAUGUUAAACACAAGAAAAUAAUGGAAGAUCUCAAAGUUGAUGUGGUUCAAUUGGAUGGAACAAAAUCAAAGAAGGAGCUGUUUAAUGAAGUUUAUGAACAGAUCCAGAACAAGAUUGAGAAACUACUGCUUAUGCAGAGUUUCCUUAUCUACGUCUAACCAGCCAGCUGCAUCUGAAACAGGACUGUUCAUGAGUACAUCAGGCGGUCCCAUAGGUGGUGUGACAUGAAGCAUUUCAUACUGGGCAGAGAAAGAAAGAAACAGCUAGAUAAAUGGAAUUCAAUGAACACGAUUAAAAUUGAUACCCUUAUUAUAGCAGGUCAGAUCUGCAUUGGGAUGAGGGGAGAAGAUUAAAGAGUGGGGGAGAAAAGGCUCUUUUGCCUUGUUACAGUCAAAUGUAAGGUUCAGCGUCUUAGUAUUUUGAGUGUGUCCUUGCUACAUGCUUUAAGAUCGCUAGUCAGUUACUGAUCCACUCCAGCUGUGCUAUUCAAGCAAUUUUAGUCAGAGCAGAGCUUCUUUUGACCACUCAGCUACAUCCGCUGAGAGUGCAGAUCCUGCUCAGAGUUUUAUGAGGGAAAGGACAAUAUUACCGUUUUAGCUGGGAUAGCCCCUUUUUUUUGGUUCCAUGUUUGAAGUUAGUUACUCAGUUUUCUACAUGCCGGGAGGUGGAAUCUCAGUAUUUCAGUUGACAGUAAAUAGUGAUGGCAAAAACAGAAGACCAAACUAAAGGCCUGAAAGCUUCUACCUUACUGACCUGAUAAACCUCAGUCACUCCAGGUGUGUCCAAAUUCUCAAAUACAGCUUCUUGUUUGUCUGCUCGAA